AUGCCAGGAGCAUCAUCCACGGAGGCUCCUGCAUUGACUCCUCAGUUCUGCUUCAACGAAAAACUUCUCCGAGACUUUUUGCGUCUUUCUCGAUCUACUAUAGAUGACUCUAUAGCGCAAAACCUCAAUGCGCUACUGACACCUGCCCGCGAGGGCUUCGAUCCCUCCUCUACCGCUGUGCGACAAACCGACUCGAAAGCUCGAAAAUCGAUCGAUCCCAACACUUGUAGCGGCUUCAAGAAUAAUAUUCUGUUUCCAUCAUGGCAAACUCGCUCGGAUGUUUUGAACUACUGUGCUGGUGUUGCAACAAGUCCGGAUCCUGAUGACCCCGACCUGAUCCUACGAGAGACCGAAUCCGCACGGGAUCGAGAGCGGGUGGUCAACGAGCGACUAGACCCGUAUUCGGCGCGCUUUUUCCCCAGAGAAGCGAGAACUGAGUCACUAGCGAACCUGAUACGAAACCAGCGCACCGUGGAAGAGAUAAUCCGGGCCCGAACUUGGGGCAUGGUGAGCGAGAGGUGCGGUGACUCCUCGUCUUGGGAAGCCGCUUUAAAUAGCUGGCGUCAUAGCAACCAACGGUAG